UACGCUUCAUGUUGUUUGUUAAUCGUUCCAGACUAUGCGGUAAACACGUUCUAGUCAGUGAAUCCAAUCGAACACUGAGUCAAUUUGGCAUCGAAAAUUGUGUACACAGUAAACUCUGAUGACACGAUUUGGUAGAAUUAUGCAGAGCGAAAGGUAUGGAGUUCCAAGGGCGUUUUGGUAACGAAAGCCAAUGGGUUUUGAGGGGUGAACUGUUUUGACGGCGUGAAGUAAUUGAGAAAACUAAGAGGAAUCAAAGCAGCCGUAUCGACGCACAGCUGAGACGUGUUAAUUGGUUGUUGAUAACAUGACUUUGUCUAUCAAAACCGGAGUGACUGUUUUGCUUCUUUGUUUGGUUUUUAUUUCAUCAACCGUGCAACAGGAUCUUAAGACCAUUAAUGACAAAUUAAAACAGUUCUGUGAAAAGAACCCACAAAACUACAUUAAAGAUCCAGGUGUUGUGAAGUGCAAAUUACUUUAUGAUGUUGCUUGCUGGAAGGAGACUCUUGCAGGCCAAACAGCCGUACAACCCUGUCCUUUCCUACUGUUUUCGACAAAAGAUAAUAUUUCUCGCCGUUGUGAUAAGGAGGGUAACUGGCAAGAGAUGAACAUAACAAAAUGUCACAGACUUACACCAAAGGAAGCAGCUGAUAAAGGAAGGCAGGCAUCUAACACACCAACGAAGAAACAGGAUGACUCUCUUACUCAUGCUCAGCGUGUGCAGCGGUUGUAUAUCGCUCUCUCUUGGAUCGAAUUUUUUGUCCUGCUGCCAGUAUUCAUACUGAUCUGCAUCGUCAUGGGCCGUGAAAAUGAUCGAUUUAUUUUGCAUAAUCAUCUUAUCUUGGCGUUUAUUCUUCGCAUCAUCACUCUAUUCAUUUAUCACUAUGGGAAAAUGGGAGAGACAGAUUCGAACAUGGCCGUUUGCAAUGCAUUCUGGUUAUUGAACCGCUACUUUGCGGCUUCGGAGAUAACGUGGAUGCUCAAUGAAGGGGUUUUUCUAUUGCGCAUGCUCGCGUAUCCCUUUGACAGCGAGUCAUAUCUAUGGUACUAUUAUGUCUUCGGUUGGGGUUUUUCCGGUUUUCUGACGUUCUGUGUGUACCUUCCAUACAUGCAGUUUAAGAUUUCAAGAGUUUUUUCAAGUUGUUGGGUGAGACACAGUCAGUCAGAGCACAUGCUGGUGUUGUAUGUUCCAUUAUCCAUCAUGCUGCUGAUCAACUGUGGAGUUGCAGUCUACGUAAUUCGAAUGCUCACCAAAAAACUCAAGAACUCUCAUUCAUCACAAAUGAAUGCUAUCAAGAAAAGUUCCAAGGCGCUGGUGGUUCUGGUAUCACUCCUGGGAGUAAUCUACCUUCUUGUUUUCUAUAAGCCAGGGAACAAUCCUUCUUACGAUUAUUUCGUGGCUGUUGCUUAUCCCUUCCAGGGAAUCAUGGUUUGCAUAUUUUGUGUUUUUCUGAGCGCGGAGUUUCGUGAAGCGCUCAAACGACGCUGGAUGAAAUGGAGAUACGGAAUACUGAUAGAAACGAAUCCAUACUCCGCAAACGCGGGAAAUGAGGAAGAGCCUGGCCCAUCUUAUGAACCGGAAAGAGCAAGAAGUACGACAAGAACAGAGUCCUCAGUGGAAGUACCUCCUAGAGCUCUUUCAAUUGCAUCUUUGCGACAGCCAACAAGUGACCAGCUUCCAGAUGAACAUCCUCGUAAGCAAAGCACAGAGAGAUCUUUAUUGUCUCGCUCGAGUGAUCUCACAAAAUUUCGCCUUGCCAAGGUCGAACCGGAGCCAAUCGUGCCUGUAAGGAUACAGUCAGCAGGUCCAAGGGAUUGGUGCCCACCAACGCUACAAGCAGUGAAAGCCUGGGCAGAAGUCGAGUCUUCAGAGAAACCUGACACAACAGAUCAAGGUCAUUCAAAUGAAGGUUUUUUUGGUAGUAAGGUUUCCCUCAGUAGCAACGUCUCUCGUGAUCCGCCAAAACCAGCUGCAACGGAAGUGGUGGGGUCCAACGCACUUCUAUCUCAAAAUGAAUUGAAAUCAGAAACAAAGGAUUCCGAAGAACCUGAACAGACUGACCAACCUGACGAUGCUACUCAGAGCGACCCAACUAAAGUUUCAACGCCACAACAAACAGAAGACCAGUUUUUGGUGACUUCAAGUCAGGAGUUUGAUAAUGACGAUGCUACACAGGAUGACCCAACAAAAGUUUCAACGCCACAACAAACAGAAGAUGAGUUUUUGGUGACUUCAAGUCAGGAGUUUGAUAAUGACUCUCUAGCCUCGAUGGCGCUACCAGAAAUGGGGCUUGCUCUGGAGAGUGAAAUGUUGACAGCCAGAGUAGGCGCAAGUGUUUCUCAAGAUGCUCAACCGUCAACAGGCAAUGAAGAAUUAAAUGAUUCUGUUCAAGGAAUGACUUUUUGGAGUAGGGCGCGACAAUUAGCUUCCCGAAGAAGGAGAUCGCGAAUUGAACACAACAAAGUGAUAUCUACAGAGGGUGGUUCAUUAGAGUUCCAUUCAUCGCACGCAGAUAGAUUCAAACAAGCUGAGGAGUAUCGCUUAGCGUGGAUCUCAAGUAUUCUUCAAGGGAAUAAAACACGCGAAGACGAAAGUGAUGUGUAAAUGUUAUUUGCAAGAAACCACCCUCUUUCGAUUAUAAAGCAUGACAGUGUGACAGUGUGACAGUGUGACAGCGUGACAGUGCCACGAAGCAAGAGUGUUAAAGUAUGCUACAAAACGGAUUUGUUUCAUUCUGAUAUGAAAUCCUCAUUCGCUUAAGAUAAUGUGUCGAAGACUCUGUAUACAUAAAUAAUGAACGAAAAAGUAUUUAUUAACAGUUUGUCAAUUUUAAGAAAUCGUUAUUUAAUUUUCUUUACUUCCUCCAUCAUAUUGUGCCCUACAUUUAGAGCUGAAGGUAUCCAUUUUUAAAGACAAUUUGUUAGUCAAAGCAGACAGGGUGAAAAGCUUGUAAUUUGACCGACUGUUGUUUUUCUCAAGAGUUUGAGGUAACUGCGUUUUAUUACACAGCAGUGUCUGUGUGAAUUGGUAAGCUGUGACCAAAACAUAGAAAAUGCUUUGAAUUACUAUUGAUAGCGGCUUUUGAUUGGGUGUCGAAAGUAUCACGGACUUACUUUGGCUUUACUUUCCUUCGCUUUGUGAUUGGUUAAAAAAAAUUCGCACCACCCUCUUAACCAAUUAGAUGUGCUAAAUUAAAACCAAUCGGGACUUUGUUUCUCGUGUUUUCCCGCUCUUGGCGCCGGGUGCGUGGGUGUCACUUAGACUUGUAAUUGGCUUAUUGAGUGUACUUUUUGUUGCACGGCACUCAAUCAAAUGGCGCUCUAUGGAAUCGGAUUAAAUAUUUUAAAAGGAGGUGAUUAAUACUUCCAGCAGAUUUAUGCUCCGCCACUUUCUAUAGUGAGAGAAAUGUGUGUCUUACGUACAGUCAAAACAGUUUAAAAUUAUGUUAUCUAUACCCCGAAAUCAGAUAUAUGAAUAAAGACACAUGUAACAAAUGCUAUUGCUUCUCUGCUUGGUUCCGCGUUUGUGGUAAAACAUGCCACCAUGUUUAAAAAUUCGAAAUUAUUAAAAUUUAGCACUUUGGAAAAAAAUACAAGGUUAUACAAUGAAUGAAUUGAAGAUAACUUCAGUUAAGUUUUUUCAACCUCAGUAGCGAUGUUCUUGAGUCAAUAUCAAGGAUUUAUUUAUCGCAAAAACAGAAGCCAUUAAUUUCAUUUGUAAUAAUUAAUUAUCUCUAAUCAACCAGCUUUUCACCGAGUAACAGACAGGCGAAUAAUUUUCAUGAUCAGAGAAAUGUGCCUUUUCGAAUAGUCUAUUUUACAGCUGUGUGUUUGGUUGCCAAGCCUUUGAACAGGAGUGAGGCUAAGGUUGACCUUGUUAUGAUACAAACUUUGCCGCUUUUAAAAUGUAAAUUACUUUGUUAUCAUGCUAACUAGAUACUGGUCUCUAUCACAACAUGGUCAACUUCAGCUUCACUCCAAAUCAAAGGCUUAGCAACUAAGUACACAACUGUAAAAUGGCCUAUUGCUUCUUAUCCUCAACAGCCAAAACAAUUAGUUACAUUUCAUAUAACAGAG